AUGCCACCCCGGUAGAUCCGCCCCUGAUCCUGAGCAAACCGUGUCCAAAGCUCAGUUCUUUAGAUUGAGGCCAUUUUGGAUUAUUAGGCCUAAAGUUAAAGACAGAGAGACGUGUGCAUGUAAAAUGCACGAGAACUUUGGCUUUAAAAUCAAAAUAAUGCAACAACUGGGAAUCAUUGAAACAUCAAGCCCAGAGGAUCUUGUGCAGUCCUCUGUGUGUGACACUGGCAACAUGUCCGGCAUGUAUGGCAGAUGUCAAAAAUGCAUUGACAAGACCUUUCCCACAUCCUUAGAUCCUCUCACUCAGGGGAACACUGUCAUCUGGCAAGAGUGGAUCACAAGGUCUGUCGCUGUAACAAAGACCCUCAAGGAUGGAUCUACAGAAGACAGGCAGACAAAGAAAAACCGUCCUCGAAAAGCGUACCUCAUCCAUUGAGCGGUUGCUGGCCCUAACAAGAGAACACCUUCCAGGUUUUGCCAUUCACUUGUUGAAUGUCAAGCACCAAUAUUUGACAUUGAAAGCAAUGAAAGAUACCCUGACAGAUGAUGCUGUUGCUGUGCAUGUGGAUUACAGCUGUAAAUAUGCCAAAGAAAUCAAGGACACCCAUUUUGGAACUGGGAAUGAUCAGGUUACCCUCCACACCGGGGUACUCUAUUUCAGUGGGGGCAGAGUCCCAGAGUCCCUCUCAGACUGCCUACAGCACGAUGUAGUGGCAACCUGGGCUCAUCUUGACCCAGUGCUGAGAUACAUACGAGGAAAGUAUCCUGAAGCCCACAACCUACAUUUCAUUUCAGAUGGCCCAACUUCCCAGUAUAGAAACAAAACAUCUUUCUAUCUAGCCUCCACUGUGCCCUUUAUGCACGGAUUUCAAUGGGUGACCUGGAACUAUACUGAGGCAUCACAUGGCAAAGGUGCACCAGAUGGAGUAGGUGGGGCCUUGAAGAAUCUUGCAGACAGAAUAGUUUCUUAUGGGACCAGUAUUCCUGAUGCAGAGUCUCUGUAUGAGCAGCUGAAGAACAAUUCAUCAGUGACUCUGUACAAAGUAUCAGAGGAGAAAAUAAAGGCCAGCUGUGAAUUGGUUCCCCCCCAACCUGAAAACAGUUCCCGGGACACUGAAAAUACACCAAGGUGUUUUGGAUGUCGCUGAGCGACUGGAGGAGACGGGCUCUCUCCUCCUACCACUGCAGCUGCUGACUCUCCAGGUCGCUGAUCUUUUCCACGUUCUUCUGAUGGACUUCAUCAAGGAGAACGUUUUUCACUUCCAGCCCUUGUUUUAGCUGAUCCACUUCAGCUUGU